GGCCUGGAUGUUCAAGGCCAUAUUGGAUGACUUUUAACAAACCACGAGGCAACAAUAUUGCAUGUACACUGUUGAGAAGAUCACUUCUAUUUACAUCAUAAGUAUGGCAGCGCAGAAAAUAGUGCUUCGAUUUGUUUGGCAUAAAGGGUUCAAAGUAUCCCUAAAAUUAUGUUUGAAUUGAUGAACAUUUAGCUUACUGAGUUCGACCCGUAGCUGUGUUAGGAUGGACAAGCCUUUUGGAUCAUAAAAACGAUUGACAGUGAAACUUCCUUGAAAAUAUUAAUAGAGCUGGAUAGUCUAUUUUCAGAGUCGGGCCUUUCCCAUUCCGAUAAGCAGUUUUGGUAGAAGCUUAAUUUGAAACAUAAGGUUCUUUUUUCAUUAGAUUAGGUAAUACAACAUCAUGACUAAAAUCGCAAAUAACAUGUAGGAUAUGGUUUUUCUGAGGCUGCUGCUGGUGGGAGAAAAGGAGGAUCAACCCUUAGACAUAAAGAAUGUCCCAAAAUCUUUUACAAAAUAGCGUUAUAGAAGUGACACAAAUAAUUUCAAGAUGCUUAUCUCCUAACUUACUAGUACUGAGAAGUCGGGCUUUCUCAAAAAGCGUCACUUACUCAAGGUGUUUUGCUCCUUGGGAUGCUGAAAAGCCGCCCGACUAUUAAAAUUUUUCAACGCCUUGCCAGUUUCCUACCAAUCGCUUCGCCUUAGUCUAGAGGGAAUAAUCUAUUCUUUUCUUGAAGUUUGAUGUUGAAUGGUACGGAUGUCCUAUUCAAGUGAAAUGUUCCAUCCAACACAGGUGUUUGAUUCCGGAAAGAUUGAUGGUGGAUAGAGACAUGUCUUAUAGGAAAGUAUGAAAAGAAAAGACUUACUUUGAUUAACCGGCUCUCUUCUCUAUAUAACCAUUCUCGGUACCUGAAAAAAAUCAGUUGGCAUCAGUCUUUACAUGAUACAUUAAAGAUGAAGCGAUCUUCUGUAAGACGUAAGUAAGGUUUUUGCUCUAAUCGGCUCGAAUUAUACAUAUAUUCAUCAUUUUAGUCUCAGGUAACAAGGCUAUAUCUAAUGGUCUAUAUUCUUGUUCUAGGUUCCAGUGGGGGUAUGGUUGAUGGAGAAAAAUUGAAGACAGAGCAACCCGAGACUACUGUGAAAGAGCAACUUGUUGAUGUUGAAGGUAAAAUAAUAUCGUCUUCUGUCAUUACUAGGACACAUAGUUCCUAUGUUCUGUCAAAACUAAUAUUGAAUGAAUGAGAAACCGUAGCAAACCAGAUAGAUCUUUGGUAUGAUAAAAUUAAUUAUCUGUAUGCUUUUUCCGUCAAUCUUUUGCUGUAAAAAUUUAGGACAUACAAUUUUCCUGUCACACGUUAUCCAGGCGCUGCUAUUUAUUAGAUCAGAUUAUCUUCCUUUUUGAAGCAUUCGUAAUUAUUACAGUAUAUUACUAGGCGUAGCUUAAUAACUUCAAAGGGUGAUUCUUUAAUUCUUUGGUAAUGUCUCUUAAAAUGUUUCAACUAAAUUGUUAAGGCCUUUAGCAUCAAUGUCUGUAAUCGUUUAUUACCAAUUGACAGAGUCUACGACUUAUGAAAACUGUGAAUCUCCUUGAAAAGCUCACAAAGUAUUGCAUUGGAGUUAGACAUUCUGUGACUCUGUACUUCAAGAUGUCUGAGGUUAUCUUUGUUUUGUAAAUUCUAAACGUUAAUUAAUAUUACCUCUAAACCGAAGGCCAAGAGAAAAGAUGGUUGGCAUUUCAAUCAAAUGGAACAUUGUGGAUAAGCAUGGAACAAGUGAAGGCUGAGUUCACAAAAAAUAUACAAAGCUCGACUCUCCGCAGCAGAAUGCACAGAUUGAAGAUAAAUUGCAAGAAACCUGAGGGGGUCCUGCGCUUGAAGCUCGAAGAGAAAUUUGGACCACGUAAAGGUGGGCAUUACGUCAUCCCAUUAGACAGUCUUCAUUUGCUGCUACAGAAGCAGAGUGUGCUUCAACUACCACAAGCAGCAGUCGCCAAUGUGGAGGCGGGUACAAGUUACGAAGCAGCUUCAAGCAUGCAGGAUGGAGUGUCUUCAUUUGAAGUAUUUUUCGAAAAGCUCCGGGAAUUCUACACGGAUGAAAUAAACCCGUUAAGACCAUCAAACGAUAUGACAGCAGGGACAAUCGAACGCCACACAAGAAGGUUAAAGAAGUUCUUUGAACAUGUAGAAGAGACAUAUAACAGACCCCCACAAAUGGAGGAUGUUACAAACAUCAACUUUGUUAGGGCAUAUGUGGCGGAAUUGAGGAGGGAGCUAAACGUGGGUACAGUUGCCAACCAUAUUCAAAGUCUGAUAGUGGCAGCAAAAUAUAUUCUGAAAAAAGAGGGCCUAACAAAAAGUUGGCAUGAAAUUGCAGAAAUAACACAAUUGAGGCACAUGCAGGCCCAACUGCAAAGCCUCUAUGAAAGAGAGCGGAGACAAAGGUACCCGGAAGCCGAUGAAAGAAAGAACUUUGAAUGGAAACAGGUUUUAGAAACAUUAAAAUUGAUGAGGGACAGGAUAAUUUCGUCGAAAGAGAUGGAUGGGUAUCAAAAGGCAAGGUUAUACCAUGAUUUUGUAAUACUUUUAUUGUUCACCACAGUGAGCCCAUCAAGGAAUGCAGAUUUGAUGAAACUAAAAAUACUAUUUGACGAGGAACAGGGGAGUGUUUCAGAAAACUACAUUUUAUUUAAGGAAAAUGGCAGCACUACAAUGGUUGUAAAUGAUUUUAAAACGAAGAAAAAAUACGGGUGCAAUAGAGUGGACAUCUCCAGUUACGAUUAUGUCAACCAACAUCUACGUAAAUAUGUUGAGGAGGAGAGGGAGAAGCUAAUGUUGAGUAAGAGACAUGAUUUUCUUCUAAUGAAGGGCAAGGGGCAACCAUUUGACACAUCUGAGUCGUUUACUGUUUACAUCGAAAAGGCGUUUCAGCGACACAAUGGGGGCUUGAAGUUCACAACUACGACCCUCCGAAAAGCGCUCGUAAACUGGCUAAUGUGCAACGAGAAGGAGGACGAAGUGAGAAAUUCAGUUGCAAGACUCAUGAGCCACUCACCACGAGUUCAGCGCCUUCGCUACAACACAGAUGAUUCAGCAAGAAAAAUAAAAAGGGCCGCUGACCACCUCACUUCUAAAACAUUGACUUUUUUGGGAGAGGACGAAAAUGACACAGAAACAGAAGCAGAAGAUACCCCUUUAUAAAUUUCACAAGGUUUAACGAACGUUAAUAAUUACAUUAUUUUAGAAAGCUAAGACAUUGCUAAUUUCGUGUUUUUAGCUAGUCGUAUUUUAGAAAUUAUUUAACAUUACUUGUAACAAUAUUUUAUCUUUCUGAUCCAAGGUUGUCAACAUAAUCACUUGCCUUUGCCUUUUUUCAAUCUUUAUAUGCAUGUUUGUAUUAUUGCCUGUGUCAUUUUUCAUUAAGUAAGGUUAAUUGAUUGAUUUGCGGAAAGCUCUAUUUACUUUUCUGACCAGCAGUUUAUCAACAUAUCCAACACAUUUGCAUGCUUUCUAGGCAUAUCAAUUUACGGUGUAUUAUUCUCUGUCACCAAUUCUAUAUACCAAAGCAGAAAACGUAAUUAGUAGAUUGAAAUGGGCAUGCCGUAGCAUAUCCUUGGCAGCAUUUCAUGCUUUUUGUAUGCAGAAACAAGUUUAAUUGCGCACUUAGCAUGAACAAAGAUUAUGGGAGCUGAAUUGAUAUCAAAAUGAUCGUUAUCUUUUAGUUUAGUUUGUAUUCCAAGGUAAACUUAAAUGACUCAUUUCUAAAGAAAUAAAUUAGAAAUUGCAAAUUUUAUCAAUAGCUAGAUCGUCAACGAAAAGGUUUUUUGAGUUACAUAAACAAUUUUGCAUGGUUAUGUAGUGUACCUAACCACCUCAGCAUUAUUAUGAUUAUGGUCACAAAGCCUCUGCUUAAUUUUGCAAAAAAAAGCCAUUUCCAAAUCGUUUGCUUUGAUUUUGUGAGCUAUUUUGUUUAACACUCCCUCUUUUCAUAACAGUAGAAGAUCACAUUAAUAAAUGCGCCUGAGCCAAGUUUCGAAAUGCAAAUAGUUAUGAGAAACGCGUUGACAGAUUGUUCCGCAAAUCACGUGUCAUUUCAGCGUUUGGAGGCUGCGUUUUGAGAAAAAUUUUCUAAGUGUCACGGACUGGGUUGUACGAAAUUCGUACUGCCGGAAAUUGGAUAACAAUCAAGAGAAAAAACAAAAGGGACAUUUGCAUAAAACACAGGCGCAACAACGAUUGACAAAGGCAUUUACACCUCCCGCAGACUAACGACAAUAGACAA